AUGGUACUCUUCCGGAAGCAGGAUGGGUCCAUCCAGUUCUGUGUGGACUACUGGAAGCUGAAUGCUAUUACCACCCCUGAUGCUUACCCUAUGCCCAGGGUGGACACUUUACUUGAUCGCCUGGGCCCAGCCAAGGUUAUCUCUACUUUGGAUCUGUCCAAAGGAUUCUCGCAAAUGGCACUGGAUCCGGAUGCCAUAGCCAAGUCUGCCUUUACCACACCUGUGGGACUAUACGAGUUUACAGUUUUACCUUUCGGUGCCUUAGCUGGACCGAUUGUUGAUCCACACGUAACAGCAGUCUGGGGGAAGAAUGUCACGUUAAAAUGCAUAAUUGAUAUAAAUGAAACAAUAACACAAAUCUCAUGGGAGAAGAUACAUGGUAAAAGUGCACAAACUGUUGUUGUUCAUCAUCCUGAAUAUGGGUUUUCUGUUCAAAGAGAAUACCAUGGAAGAGUGUCAUUUAAAAACUCUUCGCUCAUUGAUGCAACAAUCAGCCUAAACAAUGUGAGCUUCUCUGAUGCAGGAGAGUACGUAUGCAAAGCAGUUACAUUCCCACUAGGAAAUGCACAGUCGUCAACAACUGUAACUGUAUUUGUUGAACCCACUGUGAGCCUUGCAAAGGGACCAAACUCUUUAAUAGAUGGUGAAAAUCAGACAGUAGCAGCCAUUUGUACAGCAGCCACUGGGAAACCUGCUGCAGAUGUUGAUUGGGAAGGAGGCCUUGGUGAAAUGGAAUCUAUUUCAACUUCCUUUCCAAAUGAAACAGUGACAGUUGUAAGUCAAUAUAAAAUCAUUCCUACCAGAUUUGCAAGAGGAAGACGUAUAACUUGUGUUGUAAAGCACCCAGCUUUGGAAAAGGAGAUAAGAUAUUCUUACGUGCUGGACAUCCAAUAUGCCCCUGAAGUUUCAGUGACUGGCUAUGAUGGAAAUUGGUUCAUUGGAAGAGGGAAUGUUCAACUUAGGUGCAAUGCUGAUUCUAAUCCACUACCUAUGGAAUUUACCUGGACCAGGCUGGAUGGGCAAUGGCCUGAAGGCUUACUGUCUAUAAACAAUACUCUGCAUUUCAACAGCCCACUAACUUACAAUUACACUGGGACUUACAUCUGUAGGGUGACAAAUUCCCUUGGUCAAAGAAGCGAUCAAAAGACUAUCUACAUAUUAGAUGUGCCAAUUAAGCAGACCUCUUCUGUCGCUGUAGCAGGGGCUGUAAUUGGAGCAGUUCUUGCUCUCUUUAUCAUAACAAUCUUUGUGACAGUGCUGUUGACCCCAAGGAAAAGAAGGCCAUCCUACCUGGAUAAAGUGAUUGAUCUUCCUCCCACACACAAACCACCACCUUCAUAUGAAGAAAGAGCUCUCUCUGUGUCUCAGAAAGAAAUCAUUCUUCAGAAAGAGAAUUUCCCUUUGCAAAGCCCAUACAGAGAGAGAGCAGCUUCAAAUUCACAGCACAAAAAACCAAUAAGUGGCAGGCAACUUACCUAUGAUGAGAGAGAUCAGUUGGGACAAGAAGGUUCUCAACAAAUGUACCCAAUUUACAAGCAGAUGCGUUACCAGGACUGGAGUUCCAAAAACCAAAACCCAGGAGCUGGAAGAAUAUACAUCAAUCCUAGAGAACACUAUGUGUGAUUAUAUCCCCUGUUGUAUAUUUACCUACAGAAUACGUUAAAUCGUUCCAACUUUUUUGUUGCUAAUGCAAUACUGUUUGAUUAUAGGAUCAGUAUGAUCUGUUCUGUUUAGCAGGGGUAGUCAAUUCUUAGUUUAUCUACUUUUUGUCUUUGGGCAGAGGAUAGAGGUAGGUGUGAAGAAGCAAAUUCCUUGAGAAGCUGUUUAGUAUGGGACUUUAAUAAGCGACUGACUCUUUUUUUUUGUUUGUUUGUUUGUUUGUUUAAUUGGUAUUUUGCAUGUGUCAGUAUUGUAAUGUUCUUCAAACUGCUGUGAUCUUCCAAAUGAAGAGACUCAGCUGGCUGUGUCAACCUCAUUUCUGAUUCUAAACCUCACUGUACUUCAGACUGGCCAGCCAGUUCAUAAUAUGAGUACCUAUGAAGAAAUAUGGGCACAGUUUGUUUAAUUUCUUUGGAAAUUCUUUCUUUUUAAAAUAGUUAAUUAUUAAAAAUGCAAUACUUGUGCAUUAAGAAUGAAGCCUAAGCUAGAGGGAAAAAGUUGCCUGCUGUGAAAUGAGUAGUUGGCUUUUGUUUAACUUUUUAAGACACUUCAUAUGAGUGUUAUUGACUGACGGAUUGACAGAACUUGGCCCUGGCUGCUGUUGCCUUCAGGUACCUCCUUUCCCCCAUUCCCAUGAAGAUUUAAACUAGGUUUGUCUUAAUGUAUUCUCAGGACAAAUACCACUUGUCUUUCUACUCAACUGCAGGACUGCUUUAUUAGAAAACCUAGGCUCCAUUUUCUUCUUACCAUUGGCUGAGUUUAGCAGACCUACUCUAGUGUCACUAUACAUACUGUUUCCCACUUCCCAGAAACAAUUAGCUUUUUGGUGUUAGCAAGAAGGGGAGAGCUUGAAUGAAUUGUGGACAAUGGCUUUUUUUAACCCUUGACUAGGACAGGUAUAAACAAGUAUUAUGAAGUGUUGAUUGUGAAUGUAUUGCCAACAUGAAAAAUAUCACAGGGGAAAUUGAUGGUAACAGUAUAGAGCUGCAUUUUUAAGUUACCUUUUCUAGAGAAGGACUAACUUUUUAUAAGUAAAAAUGUGUGGUUUUGGUUUUAAGAGCUAGCACAGAUUAGACUGAUUUUAAAGUUUUUGUUUUUCAUUCAUCCAGUUUACCAUGGCAGAUAAUGGAACACUUGCAUGUAGCUUGUGAGAGAGGGUAGAGCAUUAACACUGGGGUAUAAGAAAAACAAGAACCCUUCCACAAGUUCAGUUUCAGGUAAAAUGAAAACCAACCACAAAAUUACUACUAACCUUGUGAAUACAUUUUUGUGGUUGGUUUUGUGUUUUGUUAUGCUCUUAAUUGCCUGAAAGUGUGGCUAGGUUACUAUUUAAGAUGUGAUUAAAAGGUUAAUUGUCUUAAGCAUAACAUCUACCAGAGGCCUGAGAUGCUUCCUUUAAUAUUUUAAAAGACUCAAUAGAUGAUACAAAAUUUAUUCCAUAGCAGACUUAAUAGAACACUUGAAUAUUGUUUUUGAAGGAUUGAAGAAAUCCCUAGAGUACUUAUCCACUUACAGCAAGUAUUAAACAUUUAUUAAAAAAUGCUUAUUUUCAACAGUAGCUUUUUAGACAGUAGCUCUAUUUUGUAGAUAGCCAAAGAUAGUAAAGCAUUUUCUUCAUCUGCUGUAUUAAAUCAAUUAUUCUUCCUGUGAUUUGUUAAAGCUUUCAUCCUUGAGCAUCUAAAAUAGCCCUUUGAAAAAGACUGUGCUUAACUUCUAUAGUAUGAAACAUUUUAGUAGUAAUGAUUCCAGGUUCUCAGAAAACAGAUUUCUGUGCUGAAGCCUAACCUUGUGGCAAGUCAUGAUUCACUACAAAAAAGUUUCCUAUGAUCCAUUUCACUAGAAAAAAAGAGUUGUUUUACCAACCAGUAGAGGUUUCUUGAGUGAGGAGGAGGAUUCCUAACUGUGAAAUUAAUCAGGUUUUUCAGCUGGAACACCAGCACCUUAACUGUGUUUUUGAAAAUAAUGAAACUGUAACUAUCUUAUUCACAGCUCAACAGAAUGUAGCUAUUGGGAACUGAUGGAAAGAAUUGUUUAUUAAUUAUGAAGCAAAAUCAAAGGCAUGAAUCUUUGUUAAAAUUCAUUGUGAUAAGUCUCCCAAUGAAAAAAAAAUCUUCAGAAAGAAUUAAAAUUAGAGCAUCCAUUGCUUUCAUCCAGAAGUAACUUGGUAUUUUUGAUC